GGGUAUACCAAGGUUAAAGGCAUCCCGGGGCAAAAGGUGAACUUGAUCAAAGAGUGUGUGCCGUUAGGACGACAGGCCCUGCAGUUGCGGAUAGGCUAAGCCAUGGACGUUGGAACAUUACUCGUCAUUGUUCGCGUUGUGCUGUUGACAGUCGCUGUGUCUGUUUUGUCCGAAGAAGACCGCGCAUUUGUGGAGCAGCUACCGAUAGAUCCCGUCCACCGACGGCCUUACCUGCCUGCAUCGGUAGGACCUGGGGGCUACUGCCAAAGCACAAGGCAAUGUCGCCGUGGUUGGUGUUGCGUGAGACAGUACAAGCACGGUGCUUACACUUGCCAGAAGAUGCUCGGAAUCGGUCGCCGGUGCACUUCGCAAUCGGAGAUUAAGGCUGGAACGUACCUUAGGCGCUGUCCCUGCGUCAGCCAUUUGCGCUGCCGUGGAACACGUGAUCUGAAGCUGUGUGUGCCGAAGAAGUGGUGGCCCGGCGUUUCACCGUAUUAAACCUUGCCAAGCUUGUUCCCGUGCCCGCCAAUCUCGAUGCUGUCAUAAAAAAAAAGAAUCACUACCUCCAAAAAACACGUACUCGCUUAUCACUACACAUAAGGCUCAGAAUUGCAAUAGUUUACCGGCUUUGUUGCGCAAUUCGAAUUAUAUGAGCUCGUAAUUAUAAGGGUACCGCAACCAUUAUACAACGAAUUUAGCAGCUUUCCUUGCAAUAGUAGCAGUGAGUAGAAAGAACGUCGUGUUACACGCUAGAGAACCUUCCAGCAUGCAGGCAGGUGGCAGUACACGAAGAUCUAAGAGUUAAACGCUUCAUGGAGAGAGCUCGCAUUCACCAAUCAGAUGUGUCAUGUGGUGGCAGAGUAGCCACAAACGCACCCGCCGUGUCUAAGGCGUUACCCUGCUAAGCACGAGGACGGGAGUUCGACUCCUGACCACGGCGGCCGCAUUUCGAAGGGGGCGAAACGCAAAAAAAAAAAAAAUAAA